CGGCCGCUUGACGUCACUCUCAGGAAGCGGCAAAAUAGUGCUUUCAGCGUUGAGUCGGCGAGGUCGCGUCAUAUUUAACUUUCAAAGAGCUAAUUUUAAGGCUCACAGAACACAAUAAAGAUAUUCAGUGCUUCCGGGUAUAUUUAAAUUAAGGACCAAACAUAAUUUUUUUCCCCCCUGAGGGUUUUCAUCGUCAAAGAGUGUUUCAACAAUGCCGAGAGGAGGCAAAAAGGGCCAUAAGGGCCGUGGGAAGCAGUUCAGCAACCCCGAGGAGAUUGAUCGGCAGAUGAGAGCUCAGAGGGAAAUGGAAGCAAAUGAGGGGGCUGAACGUGGAAGUUCAUCAGAAUCUGAAGAGGAGAGCAGCAGUGAUGAUGAACCAAAAAGGAAAGGUGUGGAAGGACUGAUUGAAAUUGAGAAUCCCAACAGGGUCUCCCAAAAGAGUAAGAAGGUUGUAGAAAUAGAUGUCAAUGAACCUAAAGAGCUCUCACGCCGGGAAAGGGAGGAGAUCGAAAAGCAGAAAGCUAAAGAGCGAUACAUGAAGCUGCAUCUAGAGGGGAAGACGGAGCAGGCCAGGGCAGACCUUGCCAGGCUGGCCAUUAUAAAAAAGCAGAGGGAGGAGGCAGCAAGAAAGAGAGAAGAGCUGAGGAAAGAUAAAGAAGCAGAAGAGGCGAAGUCGAAACGCUAGUCCAAGCAUCAGUACACAGGACGGGGCUUUUCUGGGGAGGGAGGGAAGGGGACUAGUUAUUUAGAGGAGACAGCUCAGGGGAAUCUAUACAUGUCAUUCUUCCAGCCAGCCAAGGUUGGAGGAUUUGGACAUUUAUAGGAAGUCAAAUGGGAGGUGGUUUAUGGUGUUGGAGUUUGUUGGGUUUUUAUUUUUAAUACCACCAAACUUCACUCACCUUAUCCCUCUCCUGACACAUUCACUGUGCUCAGACUCUAAAGCUGCUGGAGUUUACUCUCAAUUUCUACAUUUCUAUGUUAUCACCAUUACAUUAGACUGGGAUGUUAUGGAAGAGUGAGGUAGGGUUGCAGGUGUGCUCACAUGAGCUGACGGGGAAGAAUGAAGCAGGUUGUAGAGUGGAAAACACUAACUAGACGUUUCGUCUUUUUAUGUAAAGAACAACAUCAGCCCUUCUACUGUACUGUUCUGUCAAUCUUUGUGGCCUCAUUCUGUUUAAGUGCAAAAUGCAUCUGUAGUCAAAGGUUAAUAGAAGGUUAUUUUGGUUGUUACCUCUUGAAAUCAGGGCAUGCUGGAACCUAAUGCUGCAGGUUACAUCAUUUAAAAUGUUAUUGUUUUUAAGUACUUAAACACAAUAUAAUGCAAUUUCACAGAAAAAGGCAUCACUAUCAUCAGGACUGUAUUAAAGUAGCUGGUGGAGCUGUUGCAUGUCUGCUGUCACCACAUCAUCUUCUAUAAUGCCCCUCUGCUCAGGGGUUUUCCAUUUCUCUUGAGGUGGGACCAUUGUUUCUGUCACUACCAGACUCACUGGUGUGUGUCUUCAUAGUAUUUUGAAGAGUUUUUAUGCUUUAGCCCGUUACUGGUACCUGACUUGCCUUGACCAUUUAAGGAAAGCAAUAUUACAUAGAUGAUGCUUAUGGUGCAACAUUUUUUCCAGUUCUUAAACACAAUUAUUUACAAAGUAUUUUAACAUUUGUAAAGCAUUCACCAGUACUGAAGUAAGUAUUUACGUGGGGUAUUGAUAUAAAAUCAGUGGAAUUCCUUAUUUCAAACUUGUAUACAAAUAAAUAAAUAGAUAAACGAA